CAGAGAGAGGAGAGAGAGGGAGAGAGUUGGGGGAGGAGGGCAGUGCUCUUGUUGGGAGAUAGGGAAUGCCCGUUAGUUGCGUCUGCCGAUAAUAGCACAUCAGCCAGUGUGCUGCUAUUAGGAGAGCAGAGCGCCGGCAGUGCGGAGGACUGAGCCGCUGAGCACAGAAUGGUUCACUAGAGAAGACAGGCAGAAAGAGACAGAGCGAGACAGGCACUCUCAGAAAGGCACCCAGAGAAAGAGAUAGACCGAGCGGAAGAGAGAGCGCAUCAGUGAGGAGAGGAGCGCUGACAGCGAGCGUGGCAGUGGAAAGAGGAGAGAGGGGAGAAAAGUUACCAGGUCAGCAAGAGAACCUGGAAGUGGGGCAGCUGAGACUCGCUGGGGUCUCACUCCCACCGGAGCUCAGCAAUAAGCAGGAGGAGAGAGAUAUUACAGGAGCGCUGUAACUUCUUCCCAGUCUUGGCGAGGGUAAUGCUCCUCGCAGGACCCUUCGGCACAGCUCCUAGAGGAUUAUCACAGCGAGGCAGCAUCAGUGAGCAGAGGACACUUAAACCUGCCAGAGGUGCCUGAGCAGCUCCAUUCAACUCACUUCCUCACAGGAGACUUCCUCAUCCAGCUGUGUGCUUUGAGCUGGAUGUAGUUGUGUUCCGCUGGGUGGCUUUUUUUUAUCCUUUAUUGCUUCAGAGUGUGGAGCAGUGGAGAUUCGGAGGGCAAGUUGUUCAGUCCUGUCAUCUCUGAGACUAUGGUAGACUGUGCGUCAGAGAGCCCUUCAUCAGCAGCUGCAGCCCUAGAGCAUGGAGAAGUCCAGCAGUGAGGAGUCAGCCAUUCACCGUAGCCCCUCUGUAGACAGCCGUGACUCCGAUUUUGCUCAAGCUUCCACGUCUGGCCGCCCGUUUGGCGGCCGCGGCUUCACUGCCGGUGCUUUCUACGGCUCCACGGGGCCACGCAAAAACGCACAGCAGGGGCAGGCUGGAGCUUCAGCUGACGCCAGCGCAGGAGACAAGACCAACAACAAGUACAGCUCACCCAAAGGCAGCAAAUACGUAGUCUUUUACCUGGAUCUAUCCUUUGUGUUCCUUUUAGAAUUCAAGAAGUGCAACAUGGCAAGAGGCUGCCUCUGCUGCUUGAAGUAUAUGAUGUUCGUCUUCAACCUCAUCUUCUGGUUAUGCGGCUGUGGGCUGCUCGGCGUGGGCAUCUGGCUCUCUGUGUCUCAGGGCAGCUUCGCCACCUUCUCACCCUCAUUCCCUUCACUGUCAGCUGCCAACAUGGUCAUCGCCAUCGGCGCCAUCGUCAUGGUAACAGGCUUUCUUGGUUGCCUGGGUGCCAUCAAGGAGAACAAGUGCCUGCUUCUGAGCUUCUUCAUUGUCCUGCUGAUAAUUCUCCUGGCAGAGCUGAUAUUGCUCAUCCUCUUCUUUGUGUACUCAGAUAAGGUGAGUGAGAAUGCUAAGCAGGAUCUGAAGGAUGGGCUGGCUCUCUACAACUCAGAGAACAACAUAGGCCUGCGAAACGCUUGGAACAUCAUCCAGGCGGAGUGGAAGUGUUGCGGUGUGAUAGCGUACACCGACUGGCAUGAGGCCCUGAAGGAGAAGGUAGUUCCUGACCGCUGCUGCCAGGAGCAUUACCAGAACUGUGGGCGAAACUCCACCAACAUGUUCUGGAACAGGGGCUGUUUCGAGAAAGUGGAGGAAUGGCUGGACGAUAACAAGCAUCUGCUGGGAACCAUAGGGAUGGUCAUCUUGGUAGUGCAGCUCCUGGGCAUGGCGUUCUCCAUGACACUGUUCCACCACAUCCACAGAACGGGGAAGAAGUACGACGCCUAGCCACGGGCAGAGGCACCCAGCGGAGAAGAGCCCCACUGCCUGAUGGGAUAAGACUCUGAUUUAAACAUCCCUGCUUCCCCCUCACUUUACAACCUCUUUAGAGCAUCCUUUGCCCCCGUCUUCUCCUCCCUUCCCAGACCUUCUGUACAGAUUCCAGCCGUGUUCCCGCUCUGUUCUGCUCUCUUCUCUCUCACCAAUCAUUUUGCCAAAGAGUAACACAACUGGAAGAGAAGGGACACCUACUUUUGGCAAGGAUAAGAGAAUCCCAUUGUCUGUAACUCCUCUCGAGUACUCCUCGUUUUUAUUUUUUUGUUUUAUUUUGUCUUCUUGUUUUUUCUCGCUCGGACUAACAAUUUGCUGGAAGGAAGGACGAACUCUUGAGACAAUGAAGACUUUUACUAAUGCCCAUAACCACCCCCCCCCCCAAGACAAAGAGAACCUAUGAAACUGAAAGCACCCUCCACCUCUUGUGGGAUUAUUUUUUCUCCGUCAUGUAGAUUAAAAUCAAACCCCAGCCCCUCCCUCUUGUAAAUGAGAAAAAAGAUUCAACAUGGCAUGCUAGUUUUCUACUUCACUGACUUACCUUUGUUGUCAAAAUGUCUGUUGUUGCCAUUUUUGUUAGAAAUUUCCAACUUUUUUUUUUUGGUUUUGUCUUCUGAAGUCCGUCUUCAUGGCUCCUGUGGAAUGUAAGUGUUGGACAGAUCAGUGCAAUGAGCUCUCAGACAUGCAGAAACUGUGAGUGUGUGUAGGUUGGAUUUGACGGGACGUUGCUACGAGGAGGUACAGACGUGUCAGGGUGUUUUUUUUUAAUGUAAUCCAUGAUUCAUAUUAUUUUGCCCUUCAGCUUUAGAGAUUUGGGUAAAGUGAGCGUGAUAGAGGAACAUCAUGUAAGGCAGCAUGAGUGGAUUUGUUUUCCACCAAAUUCGGCAGUAUCUCCUGAAUAAUGAAUUGCAAAUCACAAAUCUCCCCAUGAACACACACACACAUGCUUUGCCCCACAGCAGCAGUAUUCUCAUUCCCUGAGAGACGAUACAAAUGGAGUAAAAUGUCUGUUUAUUAGGGGUUCCACCAGCACUGUCAGCCGAGGAGAUCUGGAGGAUAAAGUUCUUCCUUCGAGAAUACACUGCGUGUGUGUGUGUGUUUUAUCACACAGUCCAAGCUGCAGAGGAGAAUAAAAAAUAAAGCAGUACGUGGCAGUGCUGAGAGGCAAGGGUAAGAGGGGUAAAAACUGAGCAGAUGUGUUGUCUCGCCGCUUCGGCCUUUCCCCUCUGCAUUCUGAAGAUCUCAUCCAUUCACUCUCCCCCUCUCAUUCCUGCUCUCUGUUCCUGUCAGCUCACCCCGGCCUCCAUCCUUCUUUCUUACACCCUAAUUUUCUUCUUUCGUGUCAGGAAGCAACGAGUUUGCCGUUCAGCACACUGUCUGUCUGUACUGACAUUCCCCGCUCAUUACGCUGCUGCACCUCCGCUUUUGCGACUUCUCCAUUUUUACGUAAGCUUCCUUUUCUUGCCGCCAAGAGAGGAGAGGGAGGUGGAAAUGUAGGCAGAUGAAAGAGACACAUAGGUAUGGCUACAUACCCUGUAGGACAUGUCGCUUUAUGCCUUCUUACCGCUGAUUCACUGCAUCUAGCCUACAUCCUGAAGAUAGAGAAAUGCUCCACAUCAGCUGUGGUGACUUAAAGAGAAUGUCCUCCAGUGUGUCUGCUCUUGGCUUCAAAAUGUCUGAUGAGGUGGCGGUGUAAAGGAUAGCUCAUUGUUAAAGGAUCGUUUUGAACAUCAUUAGGUUGUGAUUGGUCAGAUAUUGCACCGUUGCACUCUCCUGAGUAAAUACGAUUAGACAUCUGAGAAGACAGCUGCAUUACUCUGAGUCCAACACAGCAAAAAAAAACAAAAAACAAGCAGUCAAGUGAUGAGACGGGCUGUAAAGAAGCCAGCAGUUCAACCAGAUUAGCGACUUAAUUCAAAGCGUGUCUGUGCAUCCAAAGCGAGUACAACACGGGUCACUGUUGAAUUAGAGAAUCACGACGCUUCCAACAGACAGUUUGGUCAGAGGCCUUCACUUUAAACUGGAACAGGUUUGGUUGCAUAUUAAACACAAAGGAUCAAACCCACGGAGGAAGAAAAAUAACAUCUGUCUGUUUCAUUUCCUACGCUCAUUCCUCCCUCUUCUUCCAACUCUCAGUCUUCCUAUUAGUUGCUGCUCUGCCAUCUUCGUUUUGAUUUUCUGCUGCUGCUGCUCUGACUCUUCAUUGUCCUCAUUUGCCACACCGCCUGGCUUCCUUCCAUCUGGCUUGGGAUUUUGUUUGAUUAGAGAUCCAUCCAUUUUUAUUGUUCUUGCGCUACGUGUUAGCGAGGAUGAGGCUGGGCGAGCAGCGUUGCCAGAUCGGUGGCAGUUGCCUUCCUUUUAAUUUAGCAGCAAUUAUUUAAGAAAGUUAAUAUAAACAAACAUAAAGGAAAAGAAAUUUGGAUUCUUACAGUGCAGCACAAUGUAUAUAUAGUGUGGACUUAUUUUAAUCAGCCCAAAGCUCACAACAGCAGCUUUGCAUUGUGGUUUGCUAGAAGCAGAGAGUUUACAGCUUAUACUGCCAUCUCAUGCAUGGUUGCUGCAGCUGAUUUUAGCUUCCACAGGGACCUCCUGAUUAAACUUUCAUGAGGCCCGAAGUGGCUGCAUUCUAAAUGUUCAUCCAAAGCACUCACUGGUUGCUUUGAAUGAAUCCUUGACACUGUUCAUUCCUGCAGUACGGGCCGACAAAGAGAAGAGGUUCCCUCAUUAGACGUCUUCCCGGCCUGGCAGAGCGUUUGCCUCAGAGUACUUCCUCCAGUCAUUCUUGGCGUUUUUUUAAUUUGUGUUGUGAUAAUUUAAUCUGAGGAGCAGUUUUAGGAAGAAGAGAGGGAGGGGGCUGGAGUUCAUGCAUCGGGAAGCAACAAAUUUGGGCUGUGAUGUGCAGCGACCCCGUUGGCUGUGAUACACUGUCUGCUCCCGUAUGCUCUGACUCCUCUUGUUGUGUCCACGGGGGGAAACAUGACAGCUGCUGAUGUACAGCACAGGCACGAGUGGUCACAUCUCCUCUGCUCGGCUGCCUCUGCAAACUCUCUGCACAGCCCCUUAUUUAAUGCCUCACUCUGCAGACACCUGGCACUACAUAUACAGGCGCUGGCAGUCCUGACACUUUAGCAAUGCAGCCGUGCACUCUGGACAGCUCGAAGCACCUGUUGGGGUUAUUCUGCACCCAGGAGAGGUUUAUAGGUGGAGUUGCUGUAACAGUUCUGUGAAUCGGCCCACGUUGCACCCGUUCUGCAGACGGGAGGUUUAGAGGGAACCUGCGUUUUAAAAAUACUUUGCUGAGUUGCUUUGGGUUUAAAAAAUCUUCAAACACAGAGGUCACAGAAGGAAAGCAUGAGAGUGCAGAAUGGUGGAAAUAAAACAAAUCCAGUCUCCAAAUCUGACGUCACACUUCAGAGACGCAGCCCUGCAGACUGUGUAAGCCUUUGCCCUAGACUGAUGUGAAUGCGCCGACAUUCUGACAUUUCCUCCCCUUUCAGCUCCGCUGCCACCGCCGGUUUUUGUCAAUGUUCCUUUCGUGUUUUUAGAAUGCAGGGAUGAUUGCCAUUUUAACAAAAAAAAGCUCUAUAAUGAUGUUAUUUUUGUACAUUGGUUGUUGCCGUUUUAAUGUUUGUUUUUAUACGAUAUACUGCUGUUUCUCAUGUUGUAGGCUUUUUUUUUGUUGUUGUUUUUCCAUUUGUGACAGAGGCUCUUUGUGGCCCAUUGUGAGAACAUGACACCAUUAAGCAUUUGUUUCUUAGAGGAUUAGUCUUUGCAGUGUUCCUCUGCUAGGUGCAAAAAUGCCUUUCUGUCUUAACACUGCUACAGGCAGUUAAAUCAAUUAAGUCAGAAUUGAUAGAGGGAGAAAAUUUGGCAUAGAGCACUGGGUGAAGCCCACAAAAGACAUACUGCACGCUUGUCGUCGUGCUUCUCUGUAUUAAGGUCUAGUUUAAUUAAAUUAGGAUGUGCGGGUAUAAUCUGCAGUAUGUCUUUAAAACUGCCGGUGUAAGGCCCAUUAUGUAUUUCUAGAGCAUGAUCUAUUAGACGACACUGUACAACAGAGCUCAUGUCACUCCAAUAUAUCAGCCCUGUAUGUUAAAGCCAGAUGUAAAUAUGCUCAUUUUACAGCGGAUAUAACUAACUGUUAUACUUUACCACUAUAAUAUUUGCAUUGACAGCUCCAUUUUCUAACAAGCCAUGCUCUUUCUUCUGCUCAUUUAUAGACACAUCUUCUUCCGCUCUCAUGUUAGCCACAUUUUUUUCCCCACAUUUGCAAGAUUUUCUGCCGCUUUCAAGUCCAGGAGCAGUGUAAAUUUUAUGUAAAUUUGUGUUUUUGUCACUAUGUUUAUCUCCCAUUUUAUUUGACUGCAUUUUCAUCUUGAAGUGAAACACAUUUUUUCAUGAUUUCAAGUUCAGAAUAUCCUCUCAUCUACAGAAGAACUCCCAGGAAAACACAGACAUGCUAAAGGAAGAAUGCACAUGCAGUAAUUGGUUUUGACUGCUGUGAUGAAAUUCCAACAUAGAAACUGUUUUUUUUUUUAUGGUUUUAUUUAUUUUUUGCCACCUUCGACAUAUGAUUUCUGUAAUCUCCUCCUAAUCCUUCCCCCGUGCUGAAGCUGAAUAUCUGAGCAGUGGAAAUGUAUGCUCUAGAAAUGCUGUGUUUGAUGUUGUGUUCUGCUGGGUGGCACUGUCUGAUACCUGCCAGCCUUGUCCUGUGGAGUUUUCUGCUACACGUGAAAGCACUCUGAAUAUCUAUACUGGGUGGUGCACUACCUUCUCUUUAUUCUCGAGAAUCAACUAUUUUUUAAAUAAAGGAAAGAGUGUCACAAAAAAAUCCCACGAUACCGUACGCUCAUUGCCUUUCAUCUUUAAUGACUCCAUGCUCCUGAUGUAUUCCCUUUUUUAUGUCGCCGUCAAUUAUAUAGGCAGCAUUUUAGCGCUGUUUGAUUCUGAUGAUUUGUGGAGCCGGAAGACUUGGCAUGAAGAGCAAAGUGAAGUUGUGUCGCGGCAGAUCCCAUGGCGUGUUCAAUGAAAGACAUCCCUGCCUUAAACUGGCUUCUUUUAACACAAAAAAAGCAGCAAAACCUGAGGGACUGUUGUCCUAAAGACGCUGAGAUGAGCUGAUGGUAGUCAGCCAGUCGAGCAGACGGUUUUUUCAAAAGAACAAAAGGAAGAUGAUGAAAGUGGGAACCAUUGCCAAUUUGUCUCAUGCUUCAGCGGCAUGGAGUGAGCAGCACAGUAUUUUUGUAAGGAGCUUGAUCCCCCUCCCUUUUAACCUAAUUGUUAUGAGGCCCGUGUGUGAUAGUGAGUGGACUUUAUUGUGCCAUUCCACCCUGGCUUUUUGUUCUACAUCACUGUUCCUUCUAUGCAAAAAUAUGACCUAUUUUAGCCUUUGUACAGAUUAUUUUGUAUGAGUAACAUGUACUGAAAUAAAGUGAACAGAAUCA